UCGGACGCUCGUGCCAACUCCAACUCCAACUCCACCUCCUCAUUCCUUGUUUGUAGCUCCACCACCCGUCUCCUAUUUUUCUAACACGCAUUCCCACCCAUCACGACCCUUCUGCAGGGACUCCCAGCUCACGACUCCCACGGUCACCGCCUCCAGAUCCGUCAACCGAAAUCCCACCCCAUUUUAUAUAUCCACCUCCAAAUCCAAAAUCCUCACCAUUAGAACAGAAGAGAAGUGGUGUUGGAAUAGGAAAAAAGCCAAGAAAACAAACAUGAUCAAUGGCUAUUCCAAGAUCAGUGGUAGUGCCAACAUCACAUCCAAGUCAAGAUCUAUGGACUUCUCAGACCUCACCUUCUGUUCUCCACCACAAGCCCAUGAGGCCCCCCAAAGCCCCACCUCCAAGCCUCCACAGAGAGAAGGUAAGAACAAGAUCAAUGAUGACUCCACAUGGUCAGAGGUGGAGGGUGGUGGUGGUGAUGGGGAGAGGUUUGGGGUGAUCCUUAGCAGGAGCUGCUCCUCUGCUUCUCAGAGGUUCAAGGCCUCUGAGAGGAGCCAUGGGAGGGCCUCACUGCAGGCAGCAGUCAGGAGGGCUUUCUCCAUGAGGAAGGCCUCAGAAGGCUAUUGGAGGAUCCAUGACACCUGUGAUGGGGAUGGGAAUGGGGAAUUGGUAGAGGAGGAGGAGGAGGAGGAAGAGCAGCAGCAGCACCACCAGAGGAGGUCCCAAAGGAAGAAAAUAGGGAAGUUUAGAAGGGCAUGUAAGAAGCUCUUUGGGUUUUAGAUUAUUUGUUUAGAGGAGAUUGCUCCCUUUUGCUAUAUAUUGUACCUUUUCUUCUUCUUAUUUUCCUUUUGGUUAUCGGGUGUUCAAUUUUCUUCUCUCUUUUUCUUCUUUUUCUCAAUCAAAUGGGUGUCUAUGAUGGUGUUAUGUUAAAUUUCUCAAGUGGAGGAUGUAGGCCUACUUUACUGAUUUCUCUCUUUAAUUUUUAAUCAAAUGAUCAUCAAGAGAUCUAUUCUCUC